UCCUCCUUCGCCCCCAACAGUGUCUCUCUGAGAAGGAUGGCGUUGCCACUGGUGCCGCCCUCUCUGUCGCCAUGACGAUGCCGUUCAGCCCCCUGUCCAGCGACGAGGAGCAACAGAGGAUGCUGGGAAACAAUCGACACCUCUAUCCCGGGGCAGAGGACGAGGAAGAGGAGGAGGAAGAGGAGGAGGAGGAGAUGGAGGAGGACGAGCGCGACGAAGACGGGGAGGAGGAGGAGAACGGCGAGCUGGUGGGCGAGGAGGAGGACGAGGAGGAGGAGGUGGUGGAGGAGGUGCGGCGGGGAGGCCCGUCGCGAGGCGGCCGGGGUGACGGCCGCCGGCAGACCGGGAAGCCGGCCGGGCGGCCCGCCGGCGACAGGCAGGUCCGGGCGGGGAACCCCGGACACACCGCCAACCCCUAUUCGUCCAACCCCGGGAACAUGCACCAGCAGGCGGCCAAUCAGGUGCAGCAGCAGCAGCGGCGGCUGAAGGAGCGCAGCAGCAGCUCGGCGCCGGCCGAGGACGCCCACAUCGCCAUGAUGGUGUUCCGCAUCGGCAUCCCAGACAUAAAGCAAACGAAAUGCCUGCGCUUCAACCCGGACGCCACGGUGUGGAAGGCCAAGCAGCAGGUGCUCUGCUCGCUCACCGAGUCGCUGCGGGACGUCCUGAACUACGGCCUCUUCCAGCCCGCCACCGACGGCCACGACGCCAAGUUCCUGGAGGAGGAGCGGCCCCUCAGAGAGUACCCACAAUCCUUUGAGAAAGGGGUGCCGUACCUGGAGUUUCGCUAUAAAACCAGGGUCUACAAGCAGACCAAUCUAGACGAGAAGCAGCUGGCCAAGCUGCACACCAAGGCCAGCCUGAAGAAGUUCAUGGAUUACAUUCAAACCAGCGCCGUGGACAAGAUGGCCAAGUUCCUGGACAAAGGCCUGGACCCCAACUAUCAGGACGCCGACACCGGAGAGACGCCCCUGUCCCUGGCGGUGCAGUGUGAGCCGGGUGGAGGCGAGCCCAUCCGGGUCCUGGUGGACGGCGGCGCUCACAUCGACUUUCGUGCCAAAGACGGACUCACGCCGCUACACAAGGCCGUCCGCGGCCACCGCCAUACGGCUCUGCUGGUCCUGCUCUCUCUGGGUGCGUCUCCGGACUACAAGGACCGCCGGGGCCUGACGCCGCUCUACCACACUGUGCUGACAGGGGGCGACACCUCCUGCUGCGAAACGCUGCUGUACCACCGCGCCAAGCUGGGCAUCAGGGACGAGAACGGCUGGGACGAGACGCACCAGGCCUGUCAGAACGGGAACUCUCAGCACCUGGAGCACCUCCUCUUCUAUGGAGCUGACUCCUCUUCCCAGAAUGCAUCUGGAAACACUGCCUUGCACAUCUGUGCUUUAUACAACAAGGAAAGCUGUGCUCGGAUCCUCCUGUACCGAGGAGCCAACAAAGACACCAAGAACAACGGCGGGCAGACGCCCUUCCAGGUGGCCGUCAUGUCCGGUCACUUUGAGCUGGGGGAGAUCAUCAAGAACCACCGGGACACCGAUGUGGUUCCCUUCGUGGAGUCUCCAAAGUACGCCCCCCAGAGGCGGGAGAGCACCCGCACCCUGGCCAUCCCCCACCCCCACCCCUUCCUCCGGGCCAACAGCGACAGCAGCAUGAACCUGCCCGACUGGAUGGCCGUGCCCAACGCGCCCGCCACCAACAUCGUCUCCGUGCAGGGCUACAAACACACGGGAACCCUGCGGAGCUCCAGCAGCCCCCGGGGAGCCAGGACACGCUCGCCGUCCCGAGGCCGGAUCGGAGACAAGGAGGACCGCAGCAGGCAGAGCCGGAGGCAGGGGCCCGCUGCCACCGCCACCGUCACCACCGUGCAGACGGCCGGCCAGCGCCGCCGCCUGUACAGCGCCGUCCCGGGACGGAUCUUCGUCGCCACCCGGGCUCACUCGGCGCAGGGCGAGAGGGAAAUCAGCUUCAACAAGGGCGACAGGGUCAAAGUGCUGAGCGUUGGCGAGGGCGGGUACUGGGAGGGGACGGUCAGGGGUCGCACGGGCUGGUUCCCCUCCGACUGCGUGGAGGAAGUGAUGCUGCGGAGCCAAGACAACCGAUCAGAGAGCCGCGGAGAGCGAGCCAAGCGUCUGUUCCGCCACUACACCGUGGGAUCCUACGACAGCUUCGACGCUCCCAGUGACUACAUCAUCAAGGAGAAGACGGUGCUGCUGCAGAAGAAGGACAGCGAGGGUUUCGGCUUCGUGCUGCGAGGAGCUAAAGCUCAGACUCCCAUCGAAGAGUUCACGCCCACGCCGGCCUUCCCCGCCCUGCAGUACCUGGAGUCCGUGGACGAGGGGGGCGUGGCCUGGAGGGCCGGGCUCAGGAUGGGGGACUUCCUGAUCGAGGUCAACGGGCAGAACGUGGUGAAGGUCGGCCACCGGCAGGUCGUCAACAUGAUCCGGCAGGGCGGCAACAGCCUGAUGGUCAAGGUCGUCAUGGUAACCCGCAACCCCGACAUGGAGGAAGGCACCCGGAAGAAAAUCCCACAGCAGAGCAAGCGGCUGAGCACGCCCGCCAUCGCCCUGCGCUCCAAGUCCAUGACCUCCGAGCUGGAAGAGAUGGUGGAGAGAGCUGCUACGCCUUGGAAAAAAAAAUCAGAGUUCGAAUCCGCCCAAGUCACCGAGAAGAAGAGGACGGUCUACCAGAUGGCUCUGAAUAAAUUAGAUGAAAUUCUUGCAGCAGCUCAGCAGACAAUCAGCACCAACGAGGCGCCGGGGACACGGGGACAGGGGCCGAAGAGGGACAGGGGGAGGAGCUUCUACGGCAACGAGCCGGGUUUCGGGGACCAGGCCGGGAUGGGGAUGGUGCCGGCGGGGCUGGGCCUGGGCUUCGAGCGGGGCCAGUACGCCUCGGGCCACGCCCCUCAGCACGGUAUGCUGCGGCAGAAGUCCAUCGGCGUUCCUGAGGAGGAGAAGCAGUUCCUGCAUCCUCCCACCAUGAAGUUCGCCCGGAGUCUGUCGGUGCCCGGCCCCGACGACAUCCCCCCCCCUCCCACCACCGCUCCGCCCGACCCUCCGUUCUCCUCGGCGCCCCCGCUCGGCUGGAGGACUAAGUCGUCUCAGCAGCCGUCCGUCUCCAUGUCUCAGUCUACCUCCGGCUCGGCGCACUACCAGCCGUACGGCCAGUCCGUGCACUUCGCCCAGAGGGUGGGCGGGGUCGGCCCCGGCCCCGGCGGAGGGGGGGCGCUGGACCACGCCGCCUCUUACGCACACGUAGCCGCCCACACGGCUCAGAGCAGGACUGCUUCGCGGAAGGUGGCCUACACCGGGGAGCCUGUCGGAGCCGGCGCGGCGGCCAAGGCGGCCGGGCUCCGGAGGGGCUACAGCACCGCCGUCCCCCCGUCCAGCAUCGCCACCGUCAUGCCCCAGCAGCAGCAGACCGCCCAGAGCCAACCCCAGCGAGCAGACCGGGGCGCCGCCGGGGCCAGCGCCGGCGGUCCUAAAGGAGGGGCCCGCAGAGGGAAGGGCCCCCUGGUGAAGCAGUCCAAGGUGGAGGAUCUGCGCGUGGGCCAGGGAACUCUGGGAGGAAAAGGCUCCAUGGAGAAGAGCUCCAUCCCCAUCCCCACCAUCAUCGUCAAGGCCCCCUCCACCAGCAGCAGCGGGCGGAGCAGCCAGGGCAGCAGCGUGGAGGCCGACGUUCCUGCGUCCGGAGAGGCGGAUGAAGCCAAAACCCCCCACCCGCCCUCCACGCCCGCCCCCCAGCCCCCCGCUCCGCCCUCCGUCCCGGCGCCGCCGCCUCCGUCGCUGCCUUCCAUGCGAGCCCAGGAGAACCUGGACUUCACCAGCCAGUUCGGCGCCGCCAUCGUCGGCGCGGCUCGCAGAGACCGGGAGCGCUUCCACGAGGCCCGGAGGAAGAGCGCCUCCCUGUUCAUGUCGGCCGAGGAGGACGUGAGCUUCGGGGGAGUGAGCGACGGGAUGGGAGGAAUCACGAGGACUCAGGUGUCGCAGCAGCAGCUCAGCGCCGCGGCGGACGGUUCGUCAACACGCCUGCGGCCCUCCAAGUCCAUCGACGAGGGGAUGUUCUCCGGGGACACGUUCAUCCACCACACCCGCAGCAUGCCCCCGGCCUUCGGCCUGCCGGAGUACUCCUCAUCCGCCCUGGACUAUCAGCCCAAAUCUGUGCCUACGGACCUGUACACGGCGGCGGGCCGGCAGCCGGCGCCCGCCAGCGCCACCACCUUCAUCCACCCUUUAACGGGGAAGGCGCUGGACCCCACGUCGCCUCUGGGCCUGGCCCUGGCCGCCAGGGAGCGCGCCCUGAGGGACGACAGCAGGUUGAGGAGGGGCGCAGAGCACCACUUCACCCGCCAGAUGUCGAGUGUGGUGUUUCCGUCGUCGGCCGUCGCCUCCCAGCCGGCGCCGUCGGCCGCCCAGUCCUCCAGCUCCUACCUGGUCACCUCCUCCUCGCUGGCCGCCACCACGCCCACCGUCGGCCGCCCGCCCUCACCCAGAAUCCUCAGGGGAGUGGGAAGUGUGUGGGGCGAGGAGGGCGGCGGAGGAGAGAGGGAGCGGGAGGGGGGCGGGGCUCGUGAGGGGCUGAGAGUUCGCUUCUCCGAGGACAAGACGGUGCACACACACCACUACCAGCCCCAGGCCUACCAGCCGGCCUAUAAGGAGCGGGAGCGGGAGAGGUCCAGGGACCGGGACCGGGAACUGUCCAGGGACCGGGAGAGGGACAAGGAGAGGGAGGGCUACAUGAGGAGGGCCGAGCAGACCGCUGCUAACGCCUCUGCGGCCGACGGCGCUCCCCAGCAGGGGGCGCAGACGCAGCCGCCGCAGAGACCCUCUUUCCUCCGGAUGGAGAGUCAAGCCGAUGCUUAUAUCCUGUCGCUCACCCCUCCCUCUCCGCCACCGACCGGUACGCAGCAGACGUCGAACACUGGCGGCGGCACCGGGAGUGGACUCAUGGUUCUUCCCCCGCCUGCGCCCUCGGUCGAUGCAGACGAUGAGUUUGUGUACGCAGACCCCCUCCCGCCGCCGCUGGAGUUCGCCAACAGCUUCGACAGGGGGAUGCCAGGAUAUUCACAACACCGCAUGCUUUCUAACAGCCUGGCGUCGCGCCAGCAGCAGGUCCCGCCCCCUCCACCUCCUCCUCCGCCCCCGCCGCCGCCUCCCCCGGCUCAGAAGGAGCAGUUCGCCGGCGGGUUUCCGGCCCACACGCCCCUGACCUCCCCUCAGGCCGGCGACUCCACCGCGUCCAGCCUCACGUCGUACGACAGUGAGGUUGCCAACCUGACUCAGUCCGUCCCUUCCCCGUCGCAAACAUCGCCCAACCCCCCGCCCCCUCCCUCGCCCUCCACCCUGCAGCCCACCUCCGGCCCCCCGCCUCCACCCUCGGUCUCGCCCCCGCCGCCUCCGGGCUCCUACCACAGACCGUUCUCCAUCUCCCACCAUCUUUACAACAGCACUCACGCCUCAGGGCGCUCCUCUCCCACGCCGCCUCCGCAUUCCGUCGCCCCUCCCCCAGCCUACCGUGGCCCUCCGGCCUCCACCGCCGCCGCCGCCCCACACAGGGGCGCCGCCGCCCACGCCACGACCGCUUCCUGUGCCGCUACGACCACCGCCGCUGCCGCCACAACGAGCACCUCCACCCAGCUCUACCAAGAGCGGACUCACACUGCACACUCGGCGCCGUCCGCCGUGGUCACGGGCGGCCGCCGGGCCGGGGAGCACCACCGUCCCCCGCCCGCCGCCAAGAAAGGGGAGUCCCAGGAGACAGUGGUGGACUCUGGGAUUGAGGAGCUGGACAGCCGCAGCAGCAGCGACCAUCACCUGGACAGCAUCCUGGCUCUGAGCGGCGCCCGGGGCGACAGGGGGGGCGUGGGACCCGGGGGGCGGAUGGGAGGAGGGACGGGGGACACGGAUCGAGGGGGAGAUUUUUUGGAGUCGUACAUGAGCUACCUUGACGGACAAACUUUCGAAAUGCAAAACGCGACGGCGGCGGCCUCCACCUACCCCAAAACCAGCAGGUUUCGAGAAGGAGGCCGAGCCGGAGAUCUGCACAGGCAGACCAGCACGGCCCCGGCCUCCUUCCACUCCCACCGGAGACGGGACGAGCAGGAGGACGAGGAGGCGGAGGACGGCGCCGCGGAGGACGACGGCGGCCAGGACGGCUACGGGAUGAAGGACAUGCAGAACCUGGGACGGCCCACCUCGCCGUACUUCGACCGGCCGCGCACUCCCGAGAUGAAGCCCGUGUGGGGCGACGGCCAGGUGAGCGGCGACGGAGGCUCGCAGGCCGGGUCGUAUCUGGAAGGGAAGAAAAUCUACCCGCCUGCGUCCAGCAUGAAGCCCAGCAUCAUCAACGAGCUGAGCAGCAAACUGCAGCAGCGAAGCAAGGACAGCUGGAGCAGCCAGAGAGCGCUGAGCAGACACAGAAGCAGACACAGGUUUUCGGAGGACUCGGCCUCGGCUCUGAGCCCCCCCUCAGCUCGCUCCCAGUCCCCGUCUCCGAUCUCUCUAUCGCAGCCGUCCCUGUCCCCCUCGCCGACCCCAGCCUCCCAGUACCCCAGCUGGGGCAGGUCCCCGUCGCCUCAGCCUCCGGCGGCGUCUCAGCCCCCGCGCUCGCACUCCCCUCUGUCCCCGACGUCCUACUCCCCCUACCCCACGUCCCCCAAGCACAGACCGGUGUACCGGACCAAAGCCCUGGAGUUCCAGUUCAUCCCCAGUCGAGAGUCCCGUAAAGCGGAGUCGCACAUGCUCCAGCGCCGACGGGCGCCGAGUCCCCUCAUCUCCCCGUCGGAGAGGCCCAAGGCGGGCCCGCCGCGCCCGUCGUCCCUCCCGCUGCUGCCCACCUCGCCGCUCUACAGCGCCAUCUACGACCUGCGCGGCUCCAUCACCCCCCCGUCGCCGGGGAACCCUCUGGGAGACCCGUACUUCUCGCCCUCUCCGCCCCUGUUCGCGCCGUCCGGCGCGCCGCCGCCUCCAAACUCCACCCUGGUCGUGUCUCGGUCGCUGUCUCCGACUCACUUCCUGUCCGGGACGUCCUCUCCGCCGCUGCACCCCCUGCCUCCGCCCCCCUGCCUGAGCUACCCUCACCUGCCACCUCCGUCCCCGACCAAGCCGUUCGCCUCCAAGCCGCUGCCCUACUGGACCAAGUACGACGUGGCGGACUGGCUGGGCUACCUGAACCUGGGCGAGCACAGGGAGCGCUUUCUGGACAACGAGAUCGACGGCACCCACCUGCCGUCCCUCACCAAGGACGACUAUCUGGAUUUGGGCGUGACACGAGUGGGCCACCGCAUGAACAUCGAGAGAGCCCUGAGAACCGUCAUGGACAGGCUGUCCAGCAGCCCCUUCCCCAUCUCGGUCCUGUCUCCCCGGGACGGACAGAGCGAGAGGAGGAGGGACGACGGGAGCCGAAGCUGAGGCGGCAGAACGGAGGGGUCGGAGUCGACGAGGGAGGAAGACGCCGCCGCUGCUGCCGUCCACGGUGGAUUCACACGACAAAUGAGGAGGGAAGAGAUUUCACACAGAGCGGGGUCCCGACAGGGAGACGGGAAAACAGCGAUGGAGGAAGCUCCGACGAUCCGGAGAGACGCCGUCUGGCGCUCUGCGAUUUACACAAGUACUCUCCUCCCUCACUCACUUGCAUGCACCAGAGCAGCAGAUAUUUUUUUAAAAAAAGCAGACAAGGCGGUUGUUUGAAACCAAAUACUUGAAAGGAACAAUCAGCAGCUGGUGAGAGUUUUAGCGGUUUUAAAAAGGGUUUGGUCUUCUGGUCCUCGUCCCCCUCAGGCGGCUGGACGGAUCCCUUCAGGUCUCAGAGCGGAACGCCCGAAUAGUUCGAGUGCAAUCACUGAGCGCGUGCAGGAAGUCGAGACAGCUUCCACGUCUGUCCGUGCAGACGGGGAACUCGUGCCGAGGAGGCUGUGAGUGUGUGUGUGUGUGUGUGUGUGUGUGUGUGUGUGUGUGUGUGUGUGUGUGUGUGUGUGUGUGUGUG